GAGGAGUUCAUUACAAAAGUACCUUCUUCUUAAAAGGGCUAUAAUUUAAUGCAAUGCAAGGGGUAUUUUCUUUUUCUAUUUGGAAACCAUAGAAAGUUGUUUAGUUUAUUGCAUAAAGAUAUAUAAAUUUGGAUUCUUGCUGCUUUCUUUCUUCUUUCUUUCUCUUUUCUUCAAUAUGCUUCAAUCUCAUGUCAUUAAUGUCUUACCUCGUCGAUUAUUAGCUUCUUUUUGGGCAACUCCUGAAACUCGUAUUUCGUUAUCACAUUUAAUGAAGCCAUUAGACAGUCAACAACCUGCAGCCAUAGAACCUUCUUUUCUAUGUAAUGAGCUACCUGUUCGAUAUACACACAUAUUACGAUUGCUAUCUACCUUGUCACAUGAAUCACUUCAAUCGCCUAUCAUCAGAAAUGUAGCACAUAGUUAUCUUCGCGAUAUAUGCACAUUAUUACACCCCUCUCUAAAACAAACAUCACCCAAAGCAUUCUCAAAAGUCUUGACCAAGUUACGUCAAAGUCAAGCACUCAACUUGAUUCGAUUAAAGUAUGCACUUUUAUCAAAACCUUUAGCCACAUCAGUUUCAUUGCUAGAGAAUAUCAACAUUAUUCAUACUGGUAUUCAUCUCUUGCUUGAUCAACACCUUUCAUGGGAUACAAAUCAUGCUCAAAAAGUUUGCCCUGAAACGAUUGCUAACCAAGCUGUUGAUGAUGCCAAAAAGACUCUCUUGGAUGCAUUGGGUGCUCAUACUACUCUACCUGAAAUCGAAAUCAAGAGAGAUACGAUGAUCAACAAAAGAUGCUCUCAAGAAAGCGAAAGAGAAUUCGUGUUUCUUCCUAAUUUACUGCAUCGCAUCCUCUAUGAAUCUACACUUUUGUCAUUAAAGGCACAAGCUAUGCAGAAUGAAGAAACUGACAGUAAACUGAACUGGUUCCAACGUCAAUGGAAAGGCAAGCAUCGACCAUUGUCAUUACGUAUCUUUGGUGGCCCAACCAGUGUUGGUUUUCGACUGGAUUCUGCUGCUUCUCUUCAUGACCAUGAUCUAUUACCCAGUAUCCCUCGUGACAUUUUAGGCAUUCCUGUUUGUGGCUCUGUCUUGUCCCAAACAAGUGCUAACAAAGUGAAUGAUGAAACACUGCGGCACCCUGAAAUGGUUGAAUGGGCUUCUAUGAGUGGCUGGCGAUCUGCAAAAACAUUGGCUCGUCAUUGGGGAGGCAACUUGGAUGCUGUGUCGGUUGAGGGUCUAGGAUCUACUAUCUAUCUUGCUUUGGAUCGAGACCCUACUUUACCUGAGCACUAUCCUUCUCGCAUAUCCUUGGCUGCUUCUGCUCAUAGUUUGCUUCGUCAUCAUAGACGCACAUCUGCUGCUGUUGCAUCUGCCGACCAUACACUUUCGAUACAAGCUGCAGCUACUCAAUUGGAUGCCUUUUUGUAUGCUAUUUCCGAUUCUCAACAAUCUACUUUUGUUAAUCCCAACCCUCUUUAUCAUCACCAUUCUGUCUCUCUCACUGCAGCUGUUGGACAUGCUUAACUUUUUUCUUUUUCUUCUUAUUGUAUGUAAUACACUCGUUUUUUAUGAUACCAGAUACGAUUCUACCUUUAUUAGCAUUCGCAUAUAUACAUAUUUAUUUAUUCUCUUUUUGUAAAUAUACCACCACAAUAAAAAUUCUAAAUCAAACUUGUUUUCCUGACAAAA